AUGCUUCCAGAUUCGAUCGACACCAAAUUCGGCUUUGCUCUGGCCCCGCUCCAGCUUGAUGCAGCGCGUCGGCACACUGCAUACCUUGGCAGCAAACAUGCUGGAAGCAGUCGCGAAGACUUGGAGUAUCUCAGGCCAGUAUACUUGGGCGGAGGUUACUCGCCUCAAGCCUGGGACCGCACGCUCCAUCUCGUACCAGCUGCCACACCCCGCAGCUCCUACUCUCAGCCUCUGGCGGGUGGAGAGCCUGGACAGGAGCUUCCUGCUGGCACCUAUGAGCGAUUGGCCCACGAGCCCAAAUCGGCAGAGCAGAUGCCUUUCUUUCAAGACCGAGUGCCGCCGCGACCGGGCCCUUUCCGGAUCGGCGACGCUUCUGCAUCGUCCACAUCGACCACGUCACUGCCGACGUUGGUGUGGGAGCGUCUGGUGCCGCACAAUCGCUCCAAGAGACACGAUGCCAAAGUCAUUGUGGGCGCGCACGGACUCGGUUUCUGCAAAGAGACGUUCGUUCCUCUCCUUGAUCGCCUCGUUGAGGCGCAACAGGACGACCAUGGCAUCGCUGAGGUCUGGCUCGUGGAUGCUCUGGGACACGGCAUGACAGCAAUCUACAAUGCCUCGACAAUCCGAGCUGUUGAUCCGCAGCAGCUUUUGUCCUCCCAGCAUCGCAUCGUAGACUCGAACGACUAUGCCCGUGACCUUCUUCAAUUCUACACCUGCUACCUUCCCGCCGCGCUCGACACAGCCAGCCGGGGUGGAUCCAUCCCCCUGAUCCUUCCCUUCUCUGCACCCAAACUGCCCGCACGUCAACUUGUCGGGAUUGGACAUUCCUUUGGUGCGACGUCUCUGCUGCAGCUGUGUGUGCAUCUGCCGGACGUGUUUGAAUCCCUCUGUGUCGUCGAGCCGAUCCUGGUUCGCGAACCGUUGGUGGAAAAGGCGACCCGUGUCCCACUCGCCAGAUUCACGCUCAUGAAGCCCGACGAAUGGCCGAGCCGCGCUGCUGCCAGCGAUUCAUUUGACAAGGACCGCAUGCUUUCCGCUUGGGAUGCGCGCGUGCGCUCGGCGUUUGUCGCUGGCGCCCUCUUCCCCAUCGAUGCGACAUCGCCCACGCGUGGCCACCGCACCGACCAAGGCAGCGUACAACGCUGUUGUGAUCGCGUCGCCGAAGCGCUCUGCAUCCGUGGCAAUCGUCCUGGCAUCCAGCUCGCCACACACACCCUUGGUUAUGUUCCUCCUGCAGUGAAGGUGCUUUACAUUUCAUGCGCCAAGCCGCUCCUUCUUCCUCUCGAAGAGGUCCAGACCACUGCAAAGCGCAAUAUUCCCAAUCUCGUCUUUGAGACUCUCAACGGAAGCCACAGCUUACCCCUCGAAUCACCCGAUGCGAUCGCCGACUCGAUACGUUCGACUCUUCUCUCGCAACCUUCUUCUGGGAGCGCCGCCUUUGUCAGCAAGCUCUGA